CAUCAGAGUCCUUCAGAGAGACAUCAGAGUCCUUCAGAGAGACUUCAGAGUCCUUCAGAGAGACUUCAGAGUCCUUCAGAGCCCAAACGGACCGUAGAGACACCAGACCAUCGGGGUCCGACCGGAAACACAAACCCAGAGGAUUCUCCAACCGAACCGGAUCCAGUAAAACUACAUCUUCUUCCUAUAGAGCAACAACAACAACUGGGAGAUUCUCUCCGGACAGAGAAACAGAAAACGAAAGAUUCUCCAAAAGAUCAACCAGAACCAGAUCUGACUUCUCCACUAGAACUAGAUCCUCUUAGUCCAGAUCAGACCUCUCCACUAGAACCAGAUCCUCUUAGUCCAGAUCAGACCUCUCCACUAGAACCAGAUCCUCUUAGUCCAGAUCAGACCUCUCCACUAGAACCAGAUCAUCUUAGUCCUGAUCAGACCUCUCCACUAGAACUAGAUCCUCUUAGUCCAGAUCAGGAGAAAGCCAGAGUUCUCCCCGAACAUGAACAAAAACCAGACUACUCUCUGGACUCUCCCAGGAAGGUCACACGCAGAAACAUCGACCAGAAAACUGAAGACCUCCCUCCUCUUCCUCCAUUUAACCCUUCAGCCCUCAAUAGUCAAACCCAGAGACAUCUAACUACCAACCCUUCAGCCCUCGAUAAUCAACCCCAGAGACAUCUAACUACCAACCCUUCAGCCCUCAAUAAUCAACCACAGAGACCUCUAACUACCAACCCUUCAGCCCUAGAUAAUCAAACCCAGAGACAUCUAACUACCAACCCUUCAGCCCUAGAUAAUCAAACCCAGAGACAUCUAACUACCAACCCUUCACCCCUCGAUACACAACAUAAAGAUCUCAAGCUCCACAUCUCUGAGUCCAAAGACCAGCAGAACCAGCAAGAUCCUGUUCCUGAAAAACUCACUUCCUCCACAGCUGAGAGGCUUCAGGACUCUCUCCUAAACACAGAGGCGGCUGCUCAGUCAGCUCCGAGCGAAGGAUCGACCCCGGCUCCACCGGUCCAGGCCCCACAGGUCAAGGCCCCACCAGUCCAGGCCCCACAGGUCAAGGCCCCACCGAUCAAGGACCCACCAGUUCAGGCCCCUCAGAUCAAGGACCCACAGGUCAAGGACCCACCGAUCAAGGACCCACCGGUCCAGGCACCACAGGUCAAGGCCCCACUGAUCAAGGACCCACCGGUCCAGGCACCACAGGUCAAGGCCCCACCGAUCAAGGACCCACCGGUCCAGGCACCACAGGUCAAGGACUCACCGAUCAAGGACCCACCAGUCCAGGCCCCACAGGUCAAGGCCCCACCGAUCAAGGACCCACAGGUCAAGGCCCCACCGAUCAAGGACCCACCGGUCCAGGCACCACAGGUCAAGGCCCCACCGAUCAAGGACCCACCGGUCCAGGCACCACAGGUCAAGGACUCACCGAUCAAGGACCCACCGGUCCAGGCCCCACAGGUCAAGGACCCACAGGUCAAGGACCCACCGGUCCAGGCUCCACAGGUCCAGGCCCCAGAGGUCAAGGACCCACCGAUCAAGGCCCCACCGAUCAAGGACCCACCGGUCCAGGCCCCACAGGUCAAGGACCCACCGAUCAAGGACCCACUGGUCCAGGCCCCACCGGUCCAGGCCCCACCGGUCCAGGCUCCACAGGUCCAGGCCCCAGAGGUCAAGGACCCACCGGUCAAGGCUCCACCGAUCAAGGACCCGCCGGUCCAGGCCCCACAGGUCCAGGCCCCACCGGUCCAGGCCCCACCGAUCAAGGACCCACUGGUCAAGGACCCACAGGUCAAGGCCCCACCAGUCCAGGACCCACCGGUCCAGGCUCUGCAGGUCCAGGCUCCACCUCCCACCCUGGAUCCACCUCCCACCCUCGAGGUGUUCUGUGACCACAAUCGGCCGGGCCCUCUGCUUUCUACCAGAGGCGAACCCAAACUGUGUGGUUUCCUGCAGAAGCAGGGCGGGCCCCUGAGGGCCUGGAAGCAGCGCUGGUUCACCUACGAGGAGAAGAAGAACCAGCUGUUCUACUACCGCACGCCGCAGGAUGUGACGCCGCUCGGCUGCGUGCAGCUCUGCAGCGCCACCUUCACCUACCCGCUGCAGGCCGAGACAGGCACCUUCCACAUCAAGACCCCUGAACGCACCUUCAUACUCAAGGCGGUGACCCAGGAACUGAUGCUGUACUGGCUGCAGCAACUGCAGGUUAAACGCUGGCAGCACCAACAGACGUCUGUCUGUAUGGACCCAGCACACAACAACAACAACAACAACAACAACGCAGACAACUUCCUGUUUCCUGUCUGUGCGGAGGACUUCCUGCCGGCGUUGGAGGGUCCGCCGGGUCUGGUGGGGGAGGAGGCGGCCAACGCCCCGUCUCUACGCACACCGCUCGCCGACAUGUCGCUCAAACACCCGCUGAUCCACAUCCAGAACUCGGUCUACAGUUUCCGUCGGCGCUCGUCUCAGGAAUGCAGUCAUAGUGUGUUUCAUGUUGACGCUCCGCCAUGGAUCCCCCCGAAAUAUUACUCAGUCUCUCCGUCUCCCAGGACUCCCAGCGAGCCUCCGGUCCCGCCCCCUGCCCUCUCAUUGGCUGAGCCUCGGGCCCCGCCCCCUGCCCUCUCAUUGGCUGAGCCAGUAGGCCUGGCGUCCCCGGCGGAUGGCAGGAAGUCCCCGUCCCUGUUGGACAGCCUGAGCAGGAAGACGAAGACUCUCUCGUCCUCCAUGACGGGCUCAGACAGGAUGUCCCGUCUGCAGACAGAGAAACAUAUGCUGGUGGAGGAAGUCAAAGCUCAGAAGGAGCUGGUGUGGAUCCUCCACAAAGCCUUGGAGGCGUCUCAGCUGGAGAAGAGAACCUGUGCAGAGUUUCUGGCGGCGGACGGCGAGCAGGAGCGCCUGGAGCUGCUGCGGCACUGCGAGCGGCAGGCGGCCGACCUGCGUGGUCGUCUGGAGGCCGCCAGGACCGAGGCCAACUCCGCCAGGACCGAGGCCGACUCCGCCAGGACCGAGGCCGACUCCGCCAGGACCGAGGCCAACUCCGCCAGGACCGAGGCCGACUCCGCCAGGACCGAGGCCGACUCCGCCAGGAAGAGUCUGGCUCAGAGAGACGCUCAGCUGGCCGAGCUGCAGGAGAACAUCCGGAGUCUGACGGAGAAAAACAACGCCAAGCAGCAGGUGAUCAUAAAGCUGUCGGAUCAGCUGACUUCCUGUAUGUCCUCCGGAGACUCUCAGACCUUCAGACAGCUUCAGCAGGAGAUCGAGAACCUCAAGGAUGAUAUCGAGGCAUAUAAAACUCAGAACAAGUUCCUGAACUCUGAGAUCUUCCAGCUGACCCGACUCUGGAGAACCAGUUCAGAGCAGCAGAAGAGUCUGAUGGUGAAGUGUUCCUACCUGGAGGCCAGUAACUGCCAGGUGGAGAGCCGUUACCUGGGCGUCCUGCGGCAGCUGCAGGAGAUCAAACCUCUGGAUCCGGCCCAGCAGGCGGCCGUCCAGAAGCUGAUGGAGGACGCUCUGAAAGGACAGCUGAAGAGCGCCGUCAGGCUCAACAUGGCAAGAGAUCAUGACGAGUACGGCUUUAAGAUCAUCCCUGACUACGAGGUGGAGGACAUGAAGCUGCUGGCAAAAAUCCAGGCGCUGGAGAUCCGCUCUCACAACCUGCUGCAACAACAGGAGGGUGGCGAGCGCCACCUGUCGGCCCGCUGGGCCCGGUUCUUGGCCGGCCGGCCGGAGAACGAGCUCGGUCCGUCCCCGGAGCUCAAAGCUCUGCUGCGUGGCGGAGUCCCACCGGAGUACCGGCAGAGGGUCUGGCGCUGGCUGGUCUGGGCCAGAACCAGGACCGCCAGAGACCGCCACCCACAGCGCUACCAGCAGCUGUGUGAGAAGAGUCGGACUUCUCCCCACCCGGCCUCCAGACAGAUCCAGCUGGACCUGCACCGCACCCUGACAACCAAUCAGCACUUCUCCUCUCCCUCUAGCCCCGCCCUCCAGCAGCUCCGACGCAUCCUGUUGGCUUUCUCCUGGCAGAACCCUGCCAUUGGUUACUGCCAGGGACUCAACAGGCUGGCAGCCAUUGCUCUGCUGGUCCUUCAGAGUGAAGAAGAGGCCUUCUGGUGUCUGGUGGCCGUGGUGGACGACAUCAUGCCGCGAGACUACUACACCAAGAACCUGCUAGCCUCUCAGGCUGACCAGCGUGUCCUGAAGGACCUCCUAUCUGAGAAGCUCCCCCGUCUCUCGGCUCACUUCGAGGAUCUGAGCAUCGACGUCUCUCUCGUCACCUUCAACUGGUUCCUGGUGGUGUUCGUGGACAGUCUGCCCAGUGACCUCCUGCUGCCCCUCUGGGACAGCUUCCUGUAUGAGGGGAGCAAGGUUGUGUUCAGGUACACUCUGGCUCUGUUUAAAUACAAAGAGGACGAGUUCCUGAAGCUCCGGGACAGCAUGGAGAUCUACCAGUACCUACGCUUCUUCACCAAGACCAUCACUGAUGGCCGGCGUCUGAGCAGCAUUGCGUUCAGCGACAUGAAUCCGUUCCCCGGCCGGCUGCUGAGGACCCGGCGAGCGCUGCAGCGGGAGCGUGUCCACGGCGAGCUGAAGGAGCUCGAGGAGCAGCAGAGACAGCUCGCCGCCGAGGACGCCCGGCACAAAGACAAAGCCCUGGACACCGCAGUCAGCGAGGACGACGACGAAGUCUGACACACUGACAGGGUGGCUGUGUGUGUGUGUGUGUGUGUGUGUGUGUGUGUGUGUGUGUGUGUGUGUGUGUGUGUUU